AUAUUAUCCGAUUUGUAAUCUCGUGACAAAACUAAGUAAAGUGUCUCGGGCUAACAUACGUAAAUAUUGGACAUUUCUCUCAUUAGGAGGCAAAGUUAAAUCAUAAAAACGGCUCUUUACGCUUUAGGCGUUGCUGUCGACAAGAUGGCGGCUAAAGGGGAGGCCAAAAAUCCCGAACCUGCAACAGCAGAAGGAGCAAUUACCUUUGAGGAUUUGGGGAUUCCAACAGGGGAUCGUGGAGUUGUCCGCACACCGGUAGGACAGCGGAGAUCCUUGAAGGAUGUUACAACCUUGGAAUGGAUCUUUCUUGUUCUCUCAUCCCUGAGCAUCGUGGUGGUCAUUGCCCUCACCAUCAUCAGGCUCGUAGAACUGCUCAGAGACUCUGAAGUAGCCCAGCCCACACCAUCACCAUCGGCAUCAGACUCAACUGAUACAGUCUUUGCUAUCUUACUGCUCUUCAAUGCAAUUUACAUCUUACUUUAUGUCCUGAAUGGCGUGUUUGGAGAACGACCAAAUGAACUGCUCAUAUUUGUUGCUGGGAUUUGCAUCGUCCUUGUAUAUUGCAUCAUCAACUAUUUCCAGCCAGGAACGACAUCUCAACAAGUUAAAUUGGCUCGUUUAAUACUCAUCAGUGCAGCGGGCCCAGUACUUGGCAUAAUGGCCAUAUAUAUCGCAUACAGAUAUUAUGACUCAAGAAAUCUCAUAUUCAGAACCGUUGGGGCCAACAUCGAGUUGCAAGAUAUGUGCCAGUACAUGUUUCUUUGUGAAUCACUACUGAAAUUUGAUUUUCAGCUUGAGGUCAGUAUAGUUAUUCUUAUCCUGGAAGAUCUAAUAGCAGUCUCCACAUUUGAAAAGCUCAUUAUUGGUUUCGGUGUGGCCUAUGGUGUAAUAUGGGCUUUCAUUGGAUUUUUAUCGUUACGGUAUGAAAACAAGCAUCUCACAUGGAUAUUUUUUGCAACAAGCAUCUUUGAGCCUGCCUAUAUCAUCUACAAAAUAGUUAUGGUUGCUCAAGACGACACCGCUGUCCCAAGCCUACAGCUUCUGAACUACGCCAUACUAGUCUGUUCAGUCCUUGGUCUGCUAGUUAGGAUAGCCGUCGUUCUGUGCAUGUCAAAGGUGUAUUCAAACUUUGGAAAGGGACUCAAGGAGAAAGCAUAUGGUGAUGAAGCUGAUGGUGAUACCCAACCUAUUCACUCCUCAUGAUCCAGAGAAGUUAGAUAAGUCAUCCAGUGCCUUAGACCUGUAAUCUGUAGGAAUCACUUGGUCUUAAUACUGGUAUUGACCUAUUUUGGGAGCUUCAGAGAUCAAACCACCUUAUGAAUACCAAUCAAGGUUCAGCAAUCAAGAGACAGUCAGCUAGUGCCUUUGACCUGUCACCUGUGGGAUUCAGUUGGUUUACAUACCAGUAUUGAUCUUUGGGGACACUUGAGAGAUCAAACAUCUUUAUAAAGAACCAUCAAGGGUAGAAGCUUGAGACAGUUGGCUAGUGCCUUUGACCUUUCAUGUAAGGAAUCAGUUGGUUUACUGAUAUUGAUCUUGGGGGAAACUUGAGAGAUCAAACCUGUAUAUGAAGGAUCUUCAAGCUAGAGACAGUCGGCUCUUGUCUUUGACCUGCUACCUGUAUGAGUCAGUUGGUUUUUAUACCAGUAUUGACACGUACAGGAAUUUAAGAGAUCAAACCUGUGUAUGAAGACCUAUCAGGGUCACUAAUCAAGAGACGGUUAGUUGGUGCCUUUGACCUGUCACCUGUGGGAAUCAGUUGGUUUACAUACCAGUAUUGACCUUUUGGGAAACUUGAGAGAUCAAACCUGCUGUAUGAAGACCAAUCAAGGGUUGUCGAGCUGGAGAAAGUCAGCCAGUGCCUAAGACUAGACACCUUGAGGAAUCACACAGUUUACAUACAUGAACUGGUAUCAAACUUCAGGGAAAUUGGGAGAUUAAAACUCUGUUUGAAGACCUAUCAGGGGUUAGUGAGCAUUUGGUAUCUACAGGCAGGUGGCAUUUUGGGACAGGUCAUUUUUAGCUCUUUAAAGGGAUGGUCCGGGCUGAAAGUAUGGAUAGCUUAAUAAAUAGAGUAGAAUUCACUGAGCAAAAUGCCGAAAAUUUCAUCAAAAUCGGAUAACAAAUAACAAAGUUAUUGAAUUUUAAAGUUAAGCAAUAUUUUGUGAAAACAGUCGUCAUGAAUAUUCAUUAGGUGUGCUGAUGAUGUCACAUCUCCACUUGUUCUUUUGUAUUUUAUUAUAUGAAAUUAGGUUUAUUCAAAUUUUUUCCUCCAAGAACUAGAAAAUUGGAUUGACAACUGAUUUAGUGCAUUAGAUAUUUAUUGCUGCAACUUAUUUCAUUAUAAGGGAGACAUAUUAUUAUGAAAUAAUGAAAAAAAUUAUGAUUUUAUGUAAUAACAUAAGAAAACGGAAAGUGGAGAUGUGACAUCAUCAGCCCACCUAAUGAAUAUUCAUGAUGACUGUUUUCACAAAAUAUUGCUAAACUUUAAACUUCAAUAACUUUAUUAUUUGUUAUCUGAUUUUGAUGAAAUUUUCGGCAUUUUGCUCAGUGAAUUCUACUUUAUGUAUUAAGAUAUAAAUAUUUUCAGCCCGGACCAUCCCUUUAAGUAUACCCACCGAUGAAAACCCAUAGGGAAACCAAGAUUUGUAAUUCCUGAUAAAAAGAUGGUCACUAAUAUUAGAGCUGUUAAUGAUGUAAUAAUAAAUAAUAAUUCUGACAAUUGCUCAAGGCUAUAGCAGACAUUGCCCAAGAAUUUCUUGAUGAUACACUAAUGGUACACAAAGCUUUCCCCAAAAAUGUGUCUGUUACAGGCAUUUCCAUUGCUUUUCACACAAAGUCUGGGAUCAGCAAAUAGUUUUCAACUCCUCAUGAAUGCUGAUGCUCAUCUGACUUUAACAUUGCAUUCUUUAUACUAGUGUAAUAUUCACCAUGAAAGGGGGUGGAUUCUCUGGUCAAAACGCACAAACAACUUUUCACUUCGUGUCGUCAGAUACUCUUAAUACAGAUUUUUUUUUAACAUAAGAUUCAUAUGAGGGUUGAAAACUGAAGUUGACAUGAUCACUGUUAAAUAUGGCAGGCCAUUACAGUUUUCCCUCUAGAGAGAAUAUAAAUUCUUGAAAUAUAAUUAAUGCCAGCAAUAGUGGUAUGAAUGAUCAGUCAUAAUUUGGUGCCUUUUUUUAUUUUGCGUCUAGUUUGUAAUCAUUCCCCAUGUCUUGUGAGUGAAAACUGGCUUGUGUUUUUUCUUCUCACUUUGUAUACACUGAAAUAUAUCAUAUUGGGAGAUAAUAAUUUUUUGUGUCUCGGCUUGCCAUAGGUGUUUGCCACAGGCAUAGGCCCGGAUUCUGAACUCUGGUUUAACUAAGUCCAUGGUUUAAUCAAUGCUAGAAUUAUGAGAAGCCAAAAAUACAAAAACAAAAUUAUUGACACUCUAUACUUCUGAUUAUUUAUUUUGCUCUCUUUCCAAGCUGAAAUAGUGAAAGAAAAAAAAACAUUUAAGUAAUAUCAUUCCUGAACAUGUGUGAAUGAAUUGAACACCAGAUGCACUGUCAAAUUGAAUUUUUGACAUGAAUGGCUCUCCAUAGUUAAACCACAACAUUAGACCAGAAUUAAAUCAACCCGAGUUCAGAAUUUGGGCCAUUGUGUUAUGGGGUUGUCCUCCAUCCUAUUUUCAUUGACACAAUAAUGGAAAAGUUUUAAAAGGAUCAUUCUUACUUGG